UGUGUACUCGUCCACCUUUCUUUAACGUGGCCUGCUCCCCCUGAGACAAAGCUCAUUCCACUCUCGCGUUCUCUCAAUAUCCUUCUUGUCCUACAAUCUCCCAUCGACAAACUAUCAUCACCAAUCAUCUCUCACAGACUCCGUUGGCCGGGAGUGACGGUCAAAGCCCACCCACGCAACACCCCCGUCCAAUCCGUCCGUGGCAGUACCGUGCAGCGCAGCGAAGCUCAGCGCAACGCAGUGCAGUGCCUGGAGGCCCGCGCCAGUGUCUUAGCCACAUCCACACUAAACUCACCCCGAAAAGGUGCUUCCCUGACAAUCAUCCUCUCAACCUCUUUCUUUAAACAUCCAUCUCCGUCCUACACUUCCCUCUUUCCCUCAUCCUUGCGCCAGCAACCUUAUCCAUCAUCUCCGUAAACGACUGCUGAACCGCCGGCCUUUCCUUGACACCCUCAUUUCGGCUAUCCUUUAGUCGUCUUAUCUGACUCUGUCCGCAGCAGCCGUCAUGGCUGAAAUCCGUCGCAAGCUCGUCAUCGUCGGUGAUGGUGCCUGUGGGAAAACCUGUUUGUUGAUUGUCUUUUCCAAGGGCACAUUCCCUGAGGUCUACGUCCCCACUGUCUUUGAAAACUACGUUGCCGACGUCGAGGUCGAUGGAAAACACGUCGAACUAGCCCUGUGGGAUACGGCUGGCCAAGAAGAUUACGACCGUCUUCGACCUCUAUCCUACCCGGACUCUCAUGUCAUCCUCAUCUGCUUUGCUAUCGAUUCCCCCGACUCACUUGAUAACGUUCAGGAAAAGUGGAUUUCCGAGGUUCUUCACUUCUGCCAAGGCCUUCCUAUCAUCCUUGUCGGCUGCAAAUGCGAUCUGCGACACGAUCCCAAGACCAUUGAAGAGUUGGCAAAGACAUCCCAGAAGCCUGUCACCCCGGAACAGGGUGAGGAGGUACGCAAGAAGAUCGGUGCCUACAAAUAUCUCGAAUGCUCGGCCAAGACCAACCAGGGUGUCCGUGAGGUCUUCGAGUCUGCCACCCGUGCCGCCCUGUUGACCCGCAAGAGCGGAAAGAGCAAGAAAUGCUUGAUCUUGUAGGUCGAGCAUGCCAUCUUUCUUGUAGCAAAUCAUAUGGCCCGCGCAAAUCCCCCGACAUUAUACCAGGAUAUCGCCAGAGGGAUCCUCAGAUAUCAAAUCAAGGACUGCAAUUUUCUUGCUCCGGCUUCACCAAGGAUCUGGGUUGGCGGCUUGAGUGUGCUGCUCUUCGGGCGCUGAUACAUUAGUUUUGUUUCCUUACCGAGCGAAGGAUGGAUGGGUUGAUGAUUGAGGCAAUACAAAGAAUUGCACAGAGGCCAGGGAUGGAUCAAGUUCGGAUGGUACUGGCAGCAUGACGGCGUUUCCACAGUCGAGACAUGUCGAGUCAUCAUCGAGAUAGGCAAAUCCAUUCACGGCGUUUCGUCCUCAGGCUUCGGGCUUUCCACAGUCUAAUCUAGCACUUCUGUUGCCCAUUCAGGUUGUACUAGAGGGUUCUCGAGCAAUGCAAUCAGAUAAUUUCCAGUCACAUCUCUACGAACUUGUUGCGUAUCAAUCAACGGUUGUUGGACUCGUCUUGAGGUCCGUUCUGGGUGACUUCAAC